CAAAUAUCAACACUCUUCUUUAAUCCAAUGUUCAAAACCCUAGUUUCGAGGGGUUGUCACUCCUGGUCUUGACAAUUCAGAAAUUAUCACCAUGUAUACUCUCAAUCGAUCACGGCCCUUCCGCCGCGCUCUUUCAACCGCCCACCGCCGCCAUAUUUCAAGCAUUCCAAUCAAGCCCAUAACCUCCGUCCUCAUUGCUAAUCGAGGAGAAAUAGCUCUACGUGUCGGGCGCACAGCGUCGGAUCUUGGAGCAACAUGCACCACGAUCUAUACAGACCCCGAUGCCCAUUCUCAACAUGCCCUUUCAAGCCCUUUCGCCGUGAAUCUCGGCGCCGCGAACGCGUACCUGGACGGAGAACGGAUUAUUUCGAUAGCCAAAUCACGAGGCAUCGUUGCCUUGCACCCGGGAUAUGGGUUUCUUAGUGAGAAUUCGGAAUUCGCAAAACGAUGCGUCGAAGAGGGAUUGGUCUUUAUAGGGCCACCAUGGAAAGCUAUCGAGGCAAUGGGGAACAAGUCGAAAAGCAAGGACAUUAUGACUCAAGCCGGUGUGCCAUGUAUACCUGGAUACCAUGGAACAAAUCAAGAUCCUUUGUAUCUGUUGGAGGAGGCCAAGAAAAUUGGCUUUCCAGUCAUGGUGAAGGCUGUGAAGGGAGGCGGGGGGAAAGGUAUGAGAAUUGCUCUACAUGAACAGGAAUUUCUAGACAAAUUGGAAAGUGCGAAAAGCGAGGGUAGAAACUCCUUUGGCGAUGAUGUGAUGUUGGUCGAAAAAUACAUUGCUACACCAAGACAUAUCGAAGUCCAGAUAUUCGCAGACAAGCACGGAAAUGCGGUAGCUCUUGGCGAGCGUGAUUGCAGUCUCCAAAGACGGCAUCAAAAAAUCCUCGAAGAAGCCCCGGCACCAAAUUUAGCAGAAGACAUAAGACAAGAUUUAUGGCAGAUGGCAAGAGCUGCCGCACUGGCUGUUGGAUACGAAGGUGCAGGCACCGUAGAAUUCAUCUUCGACAAUGAUACAAAUGAGUUUUUCUUCAUGGAAAUGAAUACAAGGCUCCAAGUUGAGCAUCCUGUGACUGAGGAGAUUACAGGAGAGGAUCUUGUCUCGUGGCAAUUCAAAGUUGCUGCUGGUGAGCCCCUACCACUUGAUCAGGACGCAAUCGCUAGGCGGAUAGCGGAGCGCGGAUGGGCCAUUGAGGCUCGCAUAUACGCUGAGAAUCCGAAUCAAAACUUUGUGCCUGAUUCUGGCAAGCUUAUUCACCUUCGUACACCAAAACUUUCCGACAGUGUACGCAUUGAUGCCGGCUUUAUCGAAGGAGAUACAGUCUCCUCCGCAUAUGAUGGUAUGAUUGCCAAGCUCAUCGUUAGCGGACCAACACGAGAAGUUACAAUUCGGAAGCUACAUGCUGCACUUCAAGAUUACGAGGUGGUCGGUUUGAGCACCAACAUUGAGUUCUUAAAGAAGAUCUGUGGCAGCUCCGCUUUCAUCCGAGGUGAAGUGGAGACUGGCUACAUCCAGAAGCAUAGCGAUGAAUUGUUCGCCCCUGAAGCAUUUGAGCCGGAGUGUUUUGCUCAAGCUGCUCUGGGCCUAUUGUCAAACGAGCUUAUUUCGCACGCAUCAAAAAUAGACCAUGGUCCACAUGCAGAGACUGUUGGAUUUGGUCGAAGUAGUUCUCGCCAGUAUACCUUUCUUUCUGAUGGGGCCUCCGGACCAAUCACAGUGGACCUGGAGCAAUCCAGUUCGAACCUCUUCCAGGUAGCGGUCAAAGGUUCAGGAAUUGAUCAGUUGUUUCCAGAUGUGGUCUGCGAACCUAGAUCUCCGACAAUCUCGACAUUCUUUCCCCAAACCCGGAUCGAAAGCACUUUGAUUAUCAAUGGUGACAAGCUUGCUCUGUUUCAACGUGGCAGACAGUUUAAUUUGACUCUUGCCUUACCUAAUUGGUUCGAGAAGGCCUUGGGAUUGAAAGAUGUAACGAACAGCGUCUUAGCACCAAUGCCCUGCAAAGUCUUGAGAAAUGAAGUGGCAGAAGGAGACGAAGUAAAGAAAGAUCAGCCGCUGGUAGUAAUUGAGAGCAUGAAGAUGGAGACGGUCAUACGAUCUCCCCAAAAUGGCAUUGUUGCAAAGCUCGUUCACAAAGCUGGCGAUAUUUGUAAAGCUGGAACAGUACUGGUUUUGUUUGAGGAGGAUGGAAAAUGAUGGAGAUCUCGUUGCUCAGUGGAGCAAGGUUAGUGGAAUGCGAUCUUCCAAAGCUUCCUGCCUGGUACCUGCAUGAGAGAGGCAUCAAGAUGGGG